UUAAAAAGGUUCCAUGAAUAUAUUCUUAGUAUACCAACUAAUCAAGACCUAUCCAUAGAACUUAUUUAUAAGAAAAACUAGUAUUUAUGAUGGUAAAGUUACUCAAUUGAUUUUUAAGUAGGUUCAUCACUAAUUAAACUUUCUUCAACAUCGCGCUACCAUAAAGAGAUUCUUAGUCACAAAAUGAAUUUGAAUUAUAACUUUUAAAAGGGGCACUAUCAAGAGCUUUUUAAUAUGCUGUGAAUAAUCUUUAAGGAUAGUAUGAAAAAUCAUGAAAGUAAUUUUUAACUGAAUAUAAAAAUCGAAAUGGUGGUAGCAUAUCAAAAUUAUAAUUUUCAAUCACUUCUUCUUCUUCUUCUUUAAAGUUAUUAUAUCACAUAUUCCAAUGACAGUUAGAAUAAAUCCUAGUGACUAUUACAUAUAUAAAUUCUUUUCAGUAUAUUAUCCUAAGUUUCCAAUCGAAUUAAUGGUCAAAAUAUUACAGUAUACUACUAUACAAGAUAUUCUUUUAUUCCAAUCCUUAACCAAAGAUGAUGAAACUAAGAAGCUUGAGAUUAAACAUAUAACAAAUGAGAAAUUAACUUAUGAGAUUAACUGUAAACAUCGUUUCAAACCAUUUCAUUUUAUUAAUGGCAUUGCAAAUGUGGUAGCAUUGAUGGGUGAUAGAGAACCUUCAAUCAGCGUACGAUUAGAUUUUAAGGAAGGCAAAUAUUUUAAGCGGUCUUGCCUUGAAUAUAUUGAAGGAUUGCCAUCCUGUUUCAAUUUCGAAUUGAAUUUUGAUGAAUUGAGGUAUAGUAAAUAUGAUGAUUUAAUCAGUUUUAUUGAUUUUACUUAUAUUACUAGCUUAAAGAUAUUGAAAAUGACAUCCGGUGAACGGUCUAUGAAGCUAAAUUUCUCAAGGCUUUAUGUAAAAUCAUUUCAUCUCGUUACAAAUUUAAGUCAUAUUAAAUUAACUUUACCAUCAUUUGAGGAUUUAACUGAUUUAUCUAUCGAUAAUGCAUUUGAAGGAGAAUAUUAUGCAAACCUUGUGAAUCUAAAAACUUUUGGAAUUUAUAUUCUGAAAGGGAGAAGAUUUAAUAUUGAACAUGUACCAAGAGGGGUUACAGAGUUAAAGAUAGUUGUUAAAUAUGUGAGUAAGUCAGAGAAUGAAAAUUGUGAGUACGUUAAAAUUAAAUCAAGACAAGAUUGGCCGAUUAAUCUAAAGAGUCUAACUCUUGAUGAUCUGAAAAACGAAGCUGGUGCUUUCAAGGAUGUAUUUGGUGUAUUACCUUCUAAUCUAAUCAAGUUCAGUGUUUGUGGCCAUUCAUUUUAUAAAUUUCUGUCCCAGUUUCCAGAUUCAAUUAUUGAUUUACACUUAUAUUCAACUUUUUCAGUCAUGGAUAUCCCGUAUGUUGAUUUACAAUUCCCUUCUAGUCUUGAAAAUAUAGUCUUUCAAAAUUUAAAAAUGAUUGUCCCAAACAAAUCAUACAACCUUCCAACUAGAUUGAAAAGCUUUAAAUUAGAUUUUAGUGACUUGUCGUUGUCACUAAACAAUUUUAACUUCGAUCAUUGUAAGUCAAGUCUUAAGAAUCUUCAGAUUAGUCGGUAUGAAGAACCACUUGUAUUCAGUAACUUAAAUUUCAGUGAGUUUUUAAAAUUAACUAACAUUGAACUAGUUUCAUGUGGAAUCAAAAGUUUAAGUCAUUUUAAACCCCCUCGUUGUUUAAAAACUUUACAAGUGUGUCGUAAUCCUAUCACAACCAUUGAUGAAACUUGUGAUUUAUUCAAUAAUGAAAAUGGAUGUCCUUUAUUGCAGCUGAUAUCAAUUAAAGGUUGUCAAAUUUCAUUUAUUUCACCUAACAUUGAAUGGCCCAUAAAUCUAAAGAGCUUGGUCAUACAAGAUGAAGUACCGAAAGAUUUUUAUUUCAAUACUUCAAUUGCAAAACAUGAAUCAUUGGAGACAUUAUACUUAUCAGUAUUAUCUUCAUUCAAAUUUUGUGAAGUAGAUAAGGCAAUAAAGAGGAAAACAAAAAUCAAAUCAUUUGUACUCUCUGUGACCGAUGAUUUUCUUCCUACUAAACCUUAUGAACUACUUAAAUUUUAUGACAAAAUACACUUAUUUCUUGGAAAGAGGGUCCUUAAUCGUAAGGCUGACACAUCUGUUUUUGAGAAUUUAACUUUAUUGCUUGGUGAUUCAAACUCGAGAUAAUAAGAUAGUUUGUGUAAGGUAAGUAGAUUAUACUAUAACCGCUAAUUUCGAUAGUCCAAUUCAAAUCUUCUUCAAUGUGAAUAUUUUAACAGUUGACACACUUAUCUUGUUUCCAUCACCGGUCCUUUAUCCUUAAACAACUCAAUUUGCAGCUGUUUUUAUAUACUGAACAGCUUUAAACCAAAAUAGAUCCUAAUGAUGAUUCACGGCAUAAUUAUUAAAGGUUUAACACCACGAUUA